AGGAUUUUAAGGACACCAGUCAAUUAUCUUCUAAUGAAUCUCGCCAUAAGUGAUUUGAUGAUCGUGAUAUCCUUCACUCCUAGACAUAUACUAGAAGGGCUAUAUCAUUAUCCUCGAGGUUUGCAAGGAACCCUCUUAUGUAAAACAGUAACUUCUGACACAUUCACUUGGGUUGGAGCGGUGUCUUCAGCGACAACUUUGGUAGUAUUGGCCUACGAGCGAUACGCUGCCAUAACCUUCCCUCUUGGAACACGAUCAAAGCUAAGCUGCAGAAAACUAAAGAUUUUAGUUGGCCUCGGCUGGUUUUUUUCCGUUAUCUUCAACAUCCCACUGUUUUACGUCAGAAGCCUCAACCAACAGCGUGGAAUUUGCGAAAGCCAUUGGCCAAAUGUGACAUUGGCAAAAAGUUAUAAUAUCGCUUGGUUAGUUUUGAUUGGAAUAACACCGUUCUGCUUUAUGGCAAUUUUCUACGGGAAGGUUAUACUGCAUUUAAGACGAGAAAUAUUACCGAGGCAACAUGGAUCAUUAGCCACAAUGAGAUCGAGACAGAAAGUCACCAAAAUGCUUUUGACAAUAAAAAUAAUCUACGCCUUUCCCUUUAUCCCAACCUGAUUCUUUAUGUUGUGUGGUACUAUGCAUUAGAAGCAGAAAUAAUGUACACGAUA